AUGAGGAUCAGGAAGAAGCAAAAGGAGCAAAAGGAUGUUGUUGCAGAGGUUUUUGAUGCUGGUCAAGAUUUGGAGUCUGUGAUUCAUGAGCACGCUAAUUUUUUCGACAAAUUGAUUGAGCUCAUUCCGGCUAAGUUUUAUCUGCCAACUGAUGCUGAUGAGAAGCCAUGGUUUCAGGGUCUCAACAAGAAAAAGAAAGCGCAGGCAAAGAAAAAAACUAAAGAAAAUAUUAAGAAGUCUCGGAGGCAACGUUUGGAUCCUGAUAAGCCUUCUGCGAGCACGCUUGAACUUCUAAAGCAAAGUUUGGGAAAAGAAAAGGUAAAGGAUAGUAAUGAAGAUAAGGACGUGGUUAAGUCUUCUGUGUCGGGGCUGGAAGGAGAUGAUCGGUCUGUGACAUAUGAGGAGCUUCGCCAAAGGCUUCAUCGCAAGCUUGAAGGGUUUCAGUCAAAUCGUAACUGUGCAGAUCCGGAAAAGGCUGCCAAGAAGAGGGAAGAGAGGGAUGCUAGGAGAGGAUAUCAUUAUGAUGGUAAGAAGCGUAAGAGGGAUGAUGAGACUGAGAAAAGUAAGCCUGUAAUUGAUGAGACUGAAGAGAAGGUGAAGAAGGAUGCUGCAGAGGCUUCAAAGGAGCUUGUGUUUGGCAAGGUUAAACUUCAGGAUGAUGAAAUGCUGGCGGCGAAGAAGAGAAAAGUUUCAAAGCACAAGGAACUUGAAAGGGCUAAGAAGUUGGAGGAAGUGAAGAAGAAUGAUCCUGAGAAGGGUGAAGUGAUUGCUAAAAAGGAAUCAUGGAAAGCAGCAAUGAAUAGAGCUUCAGGAAUUAAGGUCCACGAUGAUCCCAAGCUGAUAAAAAAGAGCAUACAGAAGGGGAAGAAGAAACACGAGAAAAAUGCAGAGAAAUGGGAAGAAAGAGUUCAAUCAAGGGAUCAGUUGAAGGCAGAGAAGCAACAGAAAAGGUCAGCUAAUAUAGCUGAGAGGAUUAAUGAUAAGAAAAAGAGGAAGAUUGCUAAGAGAGAGAAAAAGCUAUUACGGCCUGGCUUUGAAGGUCGCAGGGAAGGUUUUAUUAAUGAUGCUUCCGGCUAA